ACAGAAAGAGCAGCAGAUACGGAUACAGAGACAACAUAGUAAGAAAUCAAAACAGGAAAUAACAUUAUAGGAGAAAAAGACAGAAGAAACUGUAUAUGAGGCAGAACAAGAUAAAGUGAGAAAAGGGAGGGCGGGACAAACAAAGUGCAUAGCCUUAGAAGGGGAAGAGGGAGGGGAUGGCAUGUGUGUUGGCUGAUGCUUCAUGCUUCUGCUUUCUGAUGCGAUGCGGCUUCAAGUUUGAAGACAAAGGUUAGCAGAUUCGGAGGGACCUGGGUGCCCACCACCAACAUUUCGGUUGCUGAUACAUGAGGCCAGAUGUUGUGUCUGAGUGGAAAAACUAUUGCCCGCCAACAACCCACAGUCAGAUGAAUCAUCAUAAAGUGUUUACAUUGGCAAAAUCUGAGGACUAAUACUGCUGAAUCCCAAGGACUAUAGUGGCACAGGUCAUAGCAUGACCUCCUCCUCCCCAUAAUGGACAAAAUGGACAGUCAAAUAAACCCAUCACCAGACCACAAGCAGCUUUGCUGAUACAAGCUUCCUAUUGGUUCACAAGGCAGUUUGUCUGAACACUUAACAGUAAACAGCCCGUGGCUUAAGAUGAACUUUGUUAACCAAAGCUGUAAAAACAGUGAAGAUCUCCGGACGUACCAGCACCAUGUGUAUGCAGUGGUGUACAGCGUGAUCUUAGCACCUGGCCUGCUGGGUAAUGUGCUGGCGCUCUGGGUGUUCAGGGUCUAUGUCAGAGAAACCAAGAAGGCUGUAGUGUUCAUGAUGAACCUGGCUGUGGCCGAUCUACUGCAGGUGCUCUCUCUGCCUCUGCGGAUCUACUAUUACCUGAACAACACCUGGCCCUUUGGACAUCCUCUCUGCAUGAUCUGCUUCUAUCUCAAGUAUGUCAACAUGUACGCCUCCAUCUACUUCCUGGUGUGCAUUAGCGUGCGUCGCUGUGAGCUCAUCAUGCGUCCGCUGAGGUACAACUCAUCCAGGCGAAAGGGGGACUUGGUUAUAUGUGCCCUUGGCUGGCUGCUGGUCUGUCUGGCCUGUCUGCCGUUCCCUCUGCUGAGGAACCCCAUCUCUGAGCAGAACAUCAUUUCAAAUGACAAGUUCCUCAACUCGGGUGCCCCCCUCCCCGGUCAAGACUUGGUGUGUUUCUCAGAGCUGCCCAUGAGGAAUCUCAGUACUCCAGCAGCCUGGAGCCUCCUGAUCAUAGCUGAGCUGGUGGGCUUCAUCAUCCCCCUCAUCUUGGUGUUAGCCUGCACCUGUCUAACUGCUGGUAGCCUUCGGAAGCUGACAACGGGGGCAAUUCCUGACCGAGGGGAGAAGCGGAGGGCGCUAAGGAUGGUGUCGAGCUGUGCUACGGUCUUCUUAGUGUGCUUCGCCCCUUACCAUGUCACUAUGCCCCUGGACUUCAUGGCUAAAGUCAACGCUCUUGACAGCUGUGCCCUCAGGGACCUGAUUCUGCGAUGUCACCCCGUCAUGCUCUGUCUGGCCAGCCUGAACUGCAGCCUGGACCCACUCAUGUACUAUUUCACAACUGAUGAAUUCUGGAGGCGACUGAGCAAGCCAGAGAUACCAGAGGGUAUGACUUUCAGCAGGCGUCUGUCCUGCAUUACUGGAGGAGAGGGGGCAGAGCGGGACUAGACCGCAGCCUCAAAUUCUCCUAUUGAAGGACCAACAGUUUAAUCUCGACCACUAAACCCUGACAUUAAUUCUCUGCAUACCUACAAACUAGGGAAAAUGUAAUACACAUGCAAACCAGUAUGUGAAAAUAUGAGAGUGACUGUCAAAAUGUGAAUUUUUUCUAUUUAUUUUUCAAUAAAUAGGUGUCUGUUCUUUCCAAAUUUAUACAGCCCUGGUGAAGAGUAAGCUGUUCGUGUUAUGAAGGAUGAACUUUCCAUCAGUGCCAACAACCCCUUAUAAGCAUCAGCAAAUACAGAAUACAGGAAAACCUAGUCCAGCUACACUUUCCUCUGUAAUGAUAAGCCAACAGCUUGCAGAGGAUGAUAAAAGGGUGAGUGUUGGCUUUUCUAAAGUGCUGCUUUCAUUGGCGCUAUAAUGAAGAGCAAA